GUGCCAUUUUGAAUGUUAAAUGUUUGAAUAGAUAUUUUACUGUAACCAUUUGAAAUUAGUUUUUCAAUUCGAUAUAAGGGAGGAAGGAAUCGAAGCCGCAGUGUAAUUAUCACAGGGGCUCAGGGAGGAAGGAAUGGAGUGGCGGCUGAUUGUUGUUUCGUUGGCCGUCAUUUGGGCGGCUUCUCUUUGCAAUUUACUCCUUGAAUCUGGGCAUGGAUCAAAGGCUAAUUUUUUGGAUGAUGGUAGAGUUUCCAUAAAAAGAAACGUCUUGUUGGUUAUUGCACAUCCUGACGAUGAAUCUAUGUUCUUUACUCCAACCAUCAAUCACCUUAUUUCAAAGGGGCACAAUUUGCACAUAUUAUGCAUAUCAACAGGCAAUGCAGAUGGCAUGGGGGAUGCAAGAAAACAAGAACUAUACCUGGCUGCCGCAACCCUUAAGGUAUCUCCGCAUCAAGUAAAGGUCUUGGAUCAUCCAGAUUUGCAGGAUGGUUUUGGCAAAGUUUGGAACUCUGAUUUGUUGGCAAAAAUUAUGAAAGAAGAAGCGGACAACAAUUCAAUUGACGUGGUCAUUAGUUUUGACAGUUAUGGUGUUUCUGGUCAUUGUAAUCACUGUGAUGUGCAUCGAGGUGUACGAAAACUUUUACAGGACGCUUCAUACAAAAAUGUUGAGGCAUGGGAGCUUGUCAGUUCUAAUAUAUUCCGCAAAUACAUCGGACCAAUUGAUGCUUGGCUUUCUCUCUUAUAUGUCAAGCUCCAUCCCAAUGGGAAAGUUCAUUUCUUGAUAAAUGGUCAUCCUCGCAGAAGCUUUGCUGCAAUGGCCCAACACCUGAGCCAAUGGGUUUGGUUUCGUAAGCUGUUUGUAUCCUUCUCUAGCUAUACCUAUGUCAACUCUCUAAAGAAGAUCGAUGUUUAGGCGAUAUUCCUUGCAUUGCAGAUACCUAUUUUCUUAAGGUUGUUUGAAGCAGAGGAGGCGUUGGAAUAGGCGGGCUGUAACACUCCAGCAUGAUGCUGCUGUGUCUGAUGGGAAGAAGUGUGGAGGGCGGCGUUUGCCAUUGCGAAUCUGCUGUUCAUCAGCUGUGCUUGCACCAUUGCUAGCUCUGCUUGAAGAGAUGCCACCUGCAUUCAUUCACCCAACCAACAUACUUGGGUUAACAAAACAGUAAUUCUUGCUCUUCAUUCUAUUUUGAGUAAAUUGGAUUUUUCAUAUCUAGUGUCUACUUGUCAAAUAUUACAAGCCUAUUUCUCAUUUCUUUGGUUCUUUUCAGAGUCAGUCUUUUGUCACUCAUGUUAUAACCUACCUAUUCAGUACAAGGUUAAAAAGGUAAAUUUUCACGCCUCUCAAUUACAUUCCUCCCCUGUCGUCAUAUACGCUUAUGCUUGCAUGGUUAAGGUGUUGCGUUUAGAUUAUGUGGUGUGAUUAAGACGGCGACGUUGAUUUUUGGGUCUACGAUGAAGACGAAGACCAGGCUUAGGAUUCUGAGGGGGUAGUUGAUGAUUGUGGAGGGUUCAAUUGAGAGAAGAGGGUCGGAAGUUACAUUUUUAACCUUUGAAUGUGUAGAUAACAACAUGAGUGACUGACGACGGAUAAGAAUCAAAGAAACGUAGACUAUGCUC